CAAUGCUAAGGGAUAUUUGAUAUGAUUUCAUCGCCAAAGAAAAAUUCACAACUGUAAUUUCGCAGUCUGCACGAUUUUCUUCGGCACGUUCUCAUAACUAACACACAGUAGAAAACAAAACGACAAUCAAUAUGAUUGAGAUGUGCGAAUUGGGAAUGGUAAAAUAUCUUCUUUUUGUGUUUAAUUUUCUUUUUGCGGUUUCUGGUUUAGGUUUGAUUAUAGCUGGAUCAGUAAUUCUUUCUGAUGUCGGAGACUUCAGCCGUUUCAUGGAGACCCGAAUAAUAGCAAUGCCGAUUCUACUGAUAAUCGUAGGAAUAAUUGUGUUUCUCGUAGCUGCACUAGGCUGCUUGGGAGCCAUUAAAGAAUCAUACUACGCCUUGAUGGCAUUUGCGCUUUGUCUUCUCAUCAUAUUUGUGGUAGAAUUAGCUGUCGGAAUCGCUGCAGCAGUUUAUAAAGGCGAAUUUCAAGUUCUUUUAAAAGAAAAUUUGAAAGAAUCUUUAGACGUUUACUACGAUAGUAAAGUAGAUAGAAUUGCUUGGGACAAUAUGCAAAUAAAUCUGGAAUGUUGUGGAGUAGAUGGUCCUGAAGAUUGGUCUGGAGGUAGACCUUUUAGUUGUUGUCACAGGACAAAGAAAGGAGCGCCACCACCGACAAAUAUGCAUUGCAACAGUUCUGAGAGAGGUGACGAAAUAGUGUACAGUGACGGGUGCUUUGAUAAAUUACAGGAAAAGGCGAAUACCGGAGCUAAAACGUUAACCGGGGUUGGAAUAGGAAUCGCUUUUGUUGAGAUAAUUGGAGUAAUGCUGGCAUGUUGGCUAGCUAAUGCCAUAAAAAAGCGGGACGAAAUGAAAUAGAAACGAAAAAAUCUAUUUAAAGAUGAAAAUUAUAUUUUUAUGAAUAUUCAGUAGUAGGUAUAUAGCGUAGCUACCAUAAUAAACUGGAUGAACACUUCCAAAUGAUAAUUUUGCAGUUUUUCCAGUACAAAACUAUAUUUGUUCGGCGUUUCUUCGUCGUAUGUAUUUAUCGCAAUAAUAAAGGAGAUACAAUUCUGUUAAGAA